AUCUCAUAAAAAAAUAUCAUUUGGAAUUCGUUUUGUUAUAAAUACCGCGACCCAUGUACAACUGCAAUCACCCCUCUCUCUCUCUCUCUCUUGCAACGAUAAUGGCGAUUAAUUAUCACAGAGUCUCUCUCCUCCUUGUUUCACUUGCUUUUUUCUUCCAAGGAUCCAGAGUAUCGGCACGCGAUACAGUAUUCACCCUAAAAAACCUUUGUAGCUAUACAAUUUGGCCCGGCACAUUAGCAGGAAACAAUGGCGCCGUCCUUGGCGGUGGCGGCUUCUCACUGGCCUCCGGUGCAUCAAACCAACUCUCAGCCCCACCCGGUUGGUCGGGCCGGUUUUGGGGUCGAACAGGUUGCAACUUCGACGCAUCGGGCAACGGACAAUGCACUACUGGUGACUGCGGUGGCAAGCUCAUGUGCACUGGAAGCGGCGUGCCACCUGUCACGCUGGCGGAAUUCACCAUCGGUAGCGGUACUCAGGAUUUCUAUGACGUGAGCCUCGUGGACGGGUACAAUGUGGGCAUAGGAAUACAGCCCUCAGGUGGCACCGGUGAUUGCAAGUAUGCUGGCUGUGUUGCUGACUUAAACGCAAACUGCCCGCCAGAACUACAAGUGACCAACGCUGGUUCUACAGUCGCAUGCAAAAGCGCGUGCGCAGCUUUUAAUAAGCCAGAAUAUUGUUGCACUGGUGAUUACUCGACGCCAGCGACGUGCCCACCGACAGACUACUCAAAGAUUUUCAAGCAGUCUUGCCCUGACGCCUAUAGCUAUGCUUAUGAUGAUGAGACCAGUACUUUUACUUGUUCCGGGGCGGAUUAUUUGAUCACGUUUUGCCCAUCAUGAAUGUAAACUGUUCGAAUUAGAAUAAAUUAGGCCCUCUAUUGUGGCCUUGUUUUAGGCCUUUUAUUUUUGGCCUUUUAUUUUCGAUCUUUCCUUUUUCAUCUGGUAACUGGAUCUAUACACUCAUGGCUAAUACUCAAUUACUCAUUGUUGAGUUACGCGAUGUUAAAUAAUAUCUGUACUGCUACUUUACGAAAAUAAUUCCACAAUAAAUUCUUAGUGGAUUUGAAUAUUUA